AGCAUAAAGAAAGUGGCAGCAGUGCACCUAAUUUACCAUUUCACAGCAUAAAGAAGUGAUAAAAAUUCGACAUUGCGAUAAACUUAACAAGACGUCGUUUGUUUCUUACAAGUGAAUUGCUAAAUAGUUGUGUUUUUAGACGCUAAACAUUGCUUUAACCAACCUAUAGUGCAAACUAAUAAUAUACCAAUCCGCUGAACCAUCAGGCACAAGCAAAGGAGCUAAAUAAUAUAUGGAGAACAAUAUGGACGAUUUCCAGAUCGUCUUUUCCAUGCCAAAAGCUCUCCUUCAGUUUUUGGAACUAUGGUGUAAAUAAAUGAAGAGCUUGAUCACAACAUUGUCUAUGCAAAGCAGACUGAAUGAAUUACAUGCCCAUUUGAAUGGCUCACUGAGUCAAGCUACUAUAAAAAAGUUAAUGGAUCUUAAAACGUCACAUCUAUGUGAAGAUGUCUACCAGCUUCAGACAAUGUUUGCAAAAUUGAGUGAAGAUCACAACAAAACACUGGAUGAAUGCUUUCAGGUUUUUAAAAUAAUCCACCAGCUGACUGACAGUGAAGAAAGCAUUUACAUAGCUACAGUUGAUGUGAUAAAAGAGUUUUCCGAGGAAAACGUUUUGUACCUGGAAUUACGAACCACACCGCGUGAAAUUGGCGGAUCGUUUGAAACCUACGUAAGCGCUGUAAUUAGAGCAAUUGAUGACUGUCGCAAAGAAAAUGUUCCCAUCCUUGUUAAACUUUUGCUAUCUAUUGACCGAAGCAAGGGAUUUGAUAUAGCAAAACAAAUUGUUGACUUAACUAUUUCACUCGGACAUACUCGUAACGAUGUAGUCGUCGGAUUGGAUGUAUCGGGAAACAUGGCUAACUCUGAUAUUACAGAUUAUUUCCCGCUGCUUUAUAAAAUUAAGGACGCUGGGUUAAAGCUUACUGUGCACACUGCCGAAGUUAGGAAUGACGCAGAAGCCGAAGCUAUUUUGCGACUGAAGCCUGAUCGCAUAGGACAUGGAACAUUUAUUUCUCCAUCACUAACUGGUAGCUCACACUUGAUCCAUCUUCUGAAGGAAACGACUAUCCCCGUUGAAUUGUGCUUGACGUCAAACAAAGUGUGCAAAACCGUACCUAGCUUCAAAGAUCAUCAUUGGAAAGUUUUCUUUGAUCACGGUAUUCCUUUCUCGAUUUGCACGGAUGAUAAGGGGGUUUUUUCAACCAGCCUAAGCCAAGAAUAUUUGAUCUUAAUGCAUACAUUUAAUUUGCCACUUUCUUUGAUUUGGAGUUUCUCCUUGAGAUCGCUCGCUUAUACAUUUGCUGCCGAAAGCGAAAACACAUAUUUGCGCAAGGUGUGGGACAAAUGGGAGCAAAACAAUACAGGUUUGAUGAGCAAUGCAGAGAAGAAAAAUAAUUUUAUGUAAACCGCUAAAGUUGUAAACAGUGUUAUUUGAUUGUGAAUUAAACACGAUUUUUCCGUUCCGUGA